AUGGGCUCCCGCGGCGCAGAGACGCUCGUCGGCAGGUAUAAUUCGGAGACUCUCCCAGUGUCGCUUUCCAUGAACCAGCGGGGGACGAACCCCGCUCUGCAAUCCUGGAGCCACGCGCACAGCACAGCGUCUUUCGGUCAACACCAGCGAAGAUCAAACUCGUAUGCAGGUCCCGUGCUUCUCGAUAGAGACUACUAUUCACUAGAUGAAAUUCUCGCAGCGGAGACCCGUUUCCGCUGCGUUUUCCUCGAACGAGUUCGAGGCAUGGCCUGUUUGGACACCAGCGGCGGUGCAUCAUUCGCAGCGCAAGCCGAAGUCAAUGCUGCGAGCCUCGUACACGCGCACACCGAGACAUCAGGAGAGGGCAUCUCCCAGGAGAAUGAGCGCAGCAGUGUAUCAGACAGAGCUGAACCUGUCCAGGAUUUCGAGAGACGCUUAUCGCGCGACGCACUAUCGAAAGAUCGAUCUGACAUCAUGACCGCAGCAGCAGCAGCUGCUGCUGCCUUGACCCAUCAGGCAGCGCUCCAAGCAAGUGGAUAUGGUGUCACGAGGGCGUCGGCAUCGGGGGCGAACCCUUCAUCGGAGCAACUUUUGCAACGGCAGGAGGUCGCGGGUGGACUUGACAUGCUCCCCGAUAUGGCGUGUGAUCUUCCACUCUGGUUGGCGGAAAUGUUGGCUGCACGAAUGUUCGUGCGCAUCGAAUUGCCGCCGAGUCUGAGAUCCAGAACACUUCGAGAACUGCGCGCUGACCCGUGUAUCGCAAACUUGAACGAAAAAUGCCCAUAUUUUUAUGCAGUUGUGCAACGAUUUCGGCAGUAUUUUCGCAUUCGGAACGUUGCUAGUAGGAAUGGCUUGCGCGGCGGUAACGCAGUGCUUGCGGAGCUCGGGUCAGUACUGCUGGAUGCUCACCAGGCCCGCUGCCUUGAAAUCGCUGAUCGCGCCCAGAGCCCGUUUGACGGCGACCCGCUCGAGCAGCUUCACCGCUUUGAGUCAUCCGAGCGGGCGAUGUUUUUCGCAGUACAAGGCGCUGCUCAACAGUACAUGCGGUGGAAAAGAGGUGAGCUUCGACGUUUGCGUCCAAGCAAGCCACUCGUGCCGUAUUGCCCGCGUCGCGACGCACGGCUCCAAGUGCAUCCUUCUCAUGCAGCACCGCAGCAAGCAAAUAGGCUCGUGAGCGACCACGCGCAGCAUCUUCGGCGAAUAGCGCUCUCGGCUCGCAAUUUAGACCAAGAAGCCGAGUUUAACCUGUAUGGACAACGCUCCAAUCAUGAACUGGCCGUCGAUCAUCCGCAGCGAGCUAUGCCAAUGAACGCGGAGUCGAAUUCGUCGGCACUGAACGAAAACGUGACGGAUGCAGACAAGGAAAAUACGCAUGGCGUCGCACCCGAAACGAUUCACUCUGGCAAAUCUUUAACAUGUGACACAGAGCCCCAGGUCCCUGAAAACGAAGAGGCGGCACGCUCCGAAGCGAACUCGGAUUGCCAGGCACUCCUGGAGCCGUCGCAAGCGUCCGAAAUGCCGUCGAAGCGGAUGCGAAGAAUGCUGCGGGCUGGUGAGUCCACAGCAGCUCAAAACCUCGAGCGGCAAACGCAUUUCCCAAGUGGUCUGUAG